AAGUCGAAACGGAGUGGGCGGCGUUUGUCACAGGCUUACAGCUCACAGGCAUUUCUCUCGUAUGUACAGAAUAAUAUAUAGAUAACUCUCUCUCUCAUUCUCUCUCUAAGAUCCUUCGCUCAGUCUUCUCUCUGUAGUACGACGAUUUCUUCAUCUCUAUCUGAAUAUCUGUUUUCUUCUUUUGAUAAGAUCCAGGAAUAGCUGUUGACAUCUGCAACAUGGGAAAAUCCUGGGCGGAUGAUAUGAUUCUCAGCUACAAUGAUGUUGUACUUAGGCGAUCAGAUUUGGACAUCCUUAGUGGUCCACGCUUUCUGAAUGAUCGACUAAUCGAGUUCUAUUUCAGUUAUCUUACCUCAUGUUAUCCUUCUCCAGACAUCUCAUUGGUGCCACCUUCGAUUGCCUUCUGGAUAAUGAAUUGCCCAGACACUGGAUCCCUCAGAGAUUUUAUAGAACCCCUCAAAUUAUCUGAGAAGAAACUGGUAAUCUUCCCAAUCAAUAACAAUGAUGAUGUAGAACAGGCAGAAGGUGGGACACAUUGGAGUUUGCUUGCAUUUGAGGAAAAUGCAAAUGUAUUUGUGCAUCAUGAUAGCUGUGGAGGGCUGAACGAGGCCCAUGCCAGAAAGCUUUACAAGGCUGUUGUGGGGUUUAUGGGUAACUCAAACUCUUCUAGAGCCCAGUAUCUAGAAUGCAAAGAUUCACCACAGCAAGCGAAUUGUUAUGAUUGUGGCCUGUAUGUUGCAGCUACUGCAAAGGCUAUAUGCUGCUGGUAUGGAAGUGGACAGCCCGGAGAAGGCUUGUGGUUUUCUGUUGUGAAGGAGCAGGUCACUUCAUCUGCUGUUACUGAUUUGCGAAGCGAAAUGCUAGGGCUCAUUAGAAAUUUGCAGUAAAGCAUGUACAUCGAGGUAGGAACCAAAGGAAAGAAAUAAACGAGGUUUGAAAAUCUUGAACAGAACAUUAGUGUGUGCCUUGAACCUCGACAGGGGAAGGUGGGGUUUCUCCCUUAGCGUUUCAUCCUCUGUUUUAGAGUCCCAUACUGGAGUCAACUUUAACGAUUAGAUACAUGGAUUGCAUAACAAUGCCUGUACCUGUUCAAAGUUACUUGACGUUAAAAAGAAACUGGGUGUAUAUUCUCAGUCCUUCAACACCAUCUCUCAUAUAUUGUAAUGGCUAUCUCCAUGGUGAAGAAUAAUGCUAGCGGUUGGAAUUCUAUAUGAAGUUACGUCCAGACUGAUGGGCUUUUAA